AUAGAAUAGCUCGUGUGCGGCCUUACUACUGCGUAUUUCUGUUGGUUCUUAGGGAGAAAUUGUAAGGCAGCUCUUGUGAGCUUGUACUCUGAGAAGUGGAGAGAGGAGAAGUGGAUAAGUGCUUUCGGUGUUUUUGUUUUGUCCGAUUUCAUCUCGUUGACGGAGGAUGGAAUGCGUGCGCUCGGUGGUGGUUGAGUGAGUUAUAUCUUGUUAGGAUUCGUUUUUCGUAGUGUUCCUGUUGCUGUGUGGUAUAGAUACCGGAUACUGUGUCGGGGAAUAAUUUGAGGAAUCCUCGACAUUCGUGAUGAGAGUGUGAAUUCAGAACUCGAGUCUGUCCCUCCUCAGAGACCUUGCAGUGAAGAAGUUCGUAAUUGAUUUUAUCAUCCUUGUUUUACUUUUCCAAUGACCGAAUGACUAGUUUGGCUUUGUUCUGUUUUUGGCGAAUACUGUUCACCCUCGCAAUUCAACUCCUAUUCAUCAAGUUGUGGUAGCACCCGACGUGAGUAAUGGCAGCAGCAAGAUUUUGCAUAUCGAGGUUAAGAGCAGGAGCUGGACCGGCAUUAUCAAGGUUUGGUGAAAAGAGUCUCAGAACAGCCGGGAGGAGUCAACGUGGAUGGACAGGAGGAGCGUUUACAGCUGGUUUUGCGAUUGCCGCGGCUCACUCCGGUGUUAGGGCAGCAGCAGCUGCUCCAGCCUCUGCGGAUUCCCUAGUAACUUCCGACCAAAAAUCGGGCAUUCCACAAGAUAAUGUUCAUGUUGGUGGCCACAAGCCUGGGGAUUGGUUCAAAGUUCCUGAAUUGUCACUACGAGAUCACUAUUUUAUUGUACCUCUGGAUCAUGAUAAACCUAACGGUUCUUCCAUCACGGUGUUCGCUCGAGAAGUCGUUGGAGUUGGCAAAGAAGACAAGCUGUUGCCCUAUUUACUAUUUCUACAAGGAGGACCAGGCUUUGAAUGUGCUCGCCCCACAGAGGCGGGUGGUUGGGUGAAGAAAGCUUGCGAGGAGUAUCGUGUUGUCCUUCUGGACCAGCGGGGGACAGGUCUCUCAUCACCCCUGACUACAACUUCUCUCGCUCAGUUUGAAUCACCAAAGCAACAAGCUGCUUUUCUUCGGAAUUUCCGUGCUGAUAGUAUUGUCAAAGAUGCUGAAAUAGUCCGAAGCUAUCUAAUUCCAGGCGGCGAGCCUUGGUCUGUUCUUGGGCAGAGUUAUGGAGGCUUUUGUGCCGUGACCUACUUGAGCAUGGCGCCUCAUGGUCUACACCAUGUGUUACUUACAGGUGGGCUGCCGCCUAUAGAUGAUGGGUGUACAGCAGAGACAGUAUACCGUGCAUGCUACAAGAGAGUGGCAAUCCAGAAUGCGAAGUUUUACAAGCGGUUCCCUGGAGAUGCAGAGGUUGUGAGAUCAGUUGUUCUUCAUCUGGCGCAGUGUGAGGGAGGAGGGGUACCAUUGCCUUCUGGAGGAUUCUUGACCCCUCGUGGGCUUCAGCUCCUUGGGUUGUCAGGGUUGGGUUCAUCUGGAGGCCUUGAACGCCUACAUUAUCUCUUUGAACGUGCAUGGGAUCCAAUUCUUGUCCCUGGAGCAAAGAAAUCACUUAGCUACAACUUCCUUCGUGCUGUUGACGAUUGGUUUGACUUCGAUACAAACCCACUGUACGCGAUUAUGCACGAGUCUAUUUAUUGCCAGGGUGCUGCUUCCAAUUGGGCUGCACACCGUGUUCGUGAGGAAUUGGGAGACCAGUUCGAUGCUGUGAAGGCUGCAUCAAACAGUACGCAAGUCCUCUUUACUGGGGAGAUGGUCUUCCCAUGGAUGUUCGAUGAAUUGGCAGCCUUGCGUCCAUUGAAAGAAGCUGCUAACAUCAUAGCUGAAGCGUCCGAUUGGCCUCCUUUGUACAACAAGAAGCAAUUGAACGAGAACAAGGUACCCGUUGCCGCAGCUGUUUAUUACGAAGACUUGUAUGUGAACGUUACCCUUUCGGAAGAAACUGCAGCCCAGAUUCAAGAUAUCAGGCUUUGGGUGACGAACGAGUACCUCCACUCUGGAAUCCGCGAGGACGGUCCCCGGAUUUUGGAUCAGUUGUUUGGCAUGCUCAAGGGCAAGUAUCCCAUUCGUUAGUUACAACGUACAUAAGCACUCCAAGUGCAGAUAUAAAUUGUCUCGUCAGCUAUGAGAAGCUUUUUUGUGUUCUGUAGUUUGAUUCACAUUCCAGUACAAAUACUUGUGCGAACAAAUUUCAUGCUGAAUGUUGACCGUCAGCAAUUUGUGAAUCAUUUCCUUCUCUAUCUGCAUUCCGAUCUAUUACUAUAUACAAAUAUGCAACACCACAUGAACAAGAAUUGCCAUUUUUUUGCAAA